CUGAGAGAUGUCAUUUUACUCACCAAACUGAAAACAUGAGGGGUCUGAUUGCUCUUCUCCUGGUGGCUCUGUGCCUCGAAGGUCUCAACGCAGCAUGUCCUGAUCAAGCCACACUGAAAGACGACUAUGACAGCAAACUCUGUGCCCAGAUGUUUGAGCACAGCAGCUACUACUAUGACGAGAGCUGCACUGGCAGUUUUCUGAAUGUGUAUCCUAAUGAAGACACCCCCAUCAUCCCAAAGGUGUGGGACGACCGCAUUUCCUCUCUGGUAGUGAGACGCGGCUGCUCGCUGACGGUGUGGUCCAAAUCCAAGAAGGAGGGAGACAAGAAGAAGUUUUCUGCUGGGGCCGCCUACCACCUGAAGGAGUAUAAGAGAGGCCUGUUUGGAACCUGGAAUGAUGCCAUCUCUGGAUACUACUGCACAUGCUAGACCUGAAGACAGAGACUCAAAAGAUAUAAAUCUAUAACACCAGUGAUACAAGAGAACAGCUGUAACCUUGUGUUUUCAAAUACAAUUAUAAAUUCAGCUCACUGUAUUUCUGUUUAAUGACUGCAAAUGAAUUAAACAUCACAUGUUUGCAAGAACAUGAUGCAGAAAUAUUUAA